AUGUUUCGCCUUUGGUUAUCAUUUCCCUUUUUCUCUAAAUGUAUUACUUUAUUAUUUGUUCUCCUUUUUGUUACUGUUGUUAUUCAAGUUGUCUCUUGGAAAGAUAGGAUGUAUUUUGUCCCAAGUGAUGAAAUUACUCCACACCACAUUUUGGUACAGAAAAGUUACAAUUUUGUUCCUCCUUUUUCAAAUCAAGAAUUUAAUAUUGAAACUAUUCAUCGUUAUAACGAAUUUAACAAUUUAAGAGGGUUGGGUAAUUUUAGUGAAACAGAUGAAAAAAUAAAAAUACAUACAGAAAAUGAAAAUCUAGAUGAUGGUGAUGAUGAAAAGAAAGACAAAGAUGAAAUUCAACCUAGACAAUUCGAUCAGUUAAAACCUUCUAUCUCAAAAAAAUAUAAAAAGUUGACCAAACCAUCUAUUAAUUCUACUGAUUCUAUUAAUUGGGAAAUACCUGAAAUUUGUAAUGGCAGAAUUGAUGCUGUUUGGUUAUGGGUAAAUGGAAGUGACCCACAAUGGUUACAUCAGUACAAACAAUAUAAUAAUGGAAUUAAACCAAGUUAUUACAGAGAUUAUCAAACUCUAUUGUAUUCUAUUAGAAGUGGUUAUAUGUAUGCCCCCGGUAUGUAA